UGCGCCGAGUUCCCGCCCCUUGACGUUGCGUGUCCCGCCCCCCAGCCUCUGUCCGCCGGCCGUUUUCCCCUCAGUUCAUGUCGCGCAAAAGAAAGAGAAAAAAAAGGAAAGAAGCGAGAGAAGCGAGAGGCGGGAACUCGGCGUAUUCCCUCCCACACACCGUGCCUUACACCAUGGAGCCCUAACGGACUGACUGGCCGCUCUCUGAGGGGUUCUGUGCACAGCGAAGGGGGCGGGACUGGCUGCGUUACCCCCUGUGUCUGGAACUUUAUUUUCCCCCUCGCACUUCGCUCUUGGGGCCGCAGACAUGUACGCCGGGGCCGGGCCGGUGCUCGUUCCACCAACCCCAACACCACCUCUCCCAAUGCCGGCGUAUACCUUCAAGCCUCCGCCACGGCCAGAUUUUGGUACCUCAGGGAGGACCAUCAAGCUCCAGGCCAACUUUUUUGAAAUGGACAUUCCCAAAAUUGAAAUAUAUCACUAUGAGAUUGAUAUAAAACCAGAGAAAUGCCCCAGACGAGUAAACAGGGAAAUAGUUGAACACAUGGUCCAGCACUUUAAAGCUCAAAUCUUCGGGGAUCGAAAACCAGUGUUUGAUGGAAGAAAAAACCUUUACACUGCAAUGCCUCUUCCGAUUGCAAGAGAUAAACAGGUGGAGUUAGAAGUCACACUACCUGGGGAAGGGAAAGAUCGCAUCUUCAAAGUUGCAAUCAAGUGGAUGGCGUGUGUAAGCUUGCAGGCCCUACAUGAUGCACUGUCUGGUCGUCUUCCCAGUGUCCCUUUUGAGACAAUUCAGGCUUUAGAUGUUGUGAUGAGGCAUUUACCUUCUAUGAGGUAUACACCAGUUGGUCGUUCUUUUUUUACUGCAUCUGAAGGCUGUGCAAAUCCUCUCGGGGGUGGCAGAGAAGUUUGGUUUGGAUUUCAUCAGUCCGUACGGCCGUCGCUCUGGAAAAUGAUGCUCAAUAUCGAUGUGUCUGCUACAGCAUUUUACAAAGCACAACCAGUAAUUGAGUUUAUGUGUGAAGUUCUGGAUUUUAAAAGCAUCGAGGAGCAACAGAAACCUCUGACUGAUUCCCAAAGGGUUAAAUUUACCAAAGAAAUUAAAGGUUUAAAAGUGGAAAUAACUCACUGUGGACAAAUGAAACGGAAAUACAGAGUUUGCAACGUAACAAGGCGACCAGCAAGUCAUCAAACAUUCCCUCUCCAGCAGGAGAGUGGACAGACGGUAGAAUGCACCGUCGCACAGUACUUUAAGGACAGACACAAACUAGUUCUGCGUUACCCUCAUUUACCAUGUUUACAGGUCGGGCAGGAGCAGAAACACACAUACCUCCCACUUGAGGUAUGCAAUAUAGUGGCUGGUCAAAGGUGCAUAAAGAAACUUACGGACAAUCAGACCUCCACUAUGAUACGGGCAACUGCUCGAUCUGCUCCAGAUCGCCAAGAAGAGAUCAGUAAAUUAAUGCGAAGUGCAAGUUUUAAUACUGAUCCCUUUGUGCGAGAGUUUGGUAUAAUGGUGAAAGAUGACAUGACCGAUGUCACAGGCAGAGUCCUUCAACCUCCUUCAAUCCUUUAUGGAGGCAGGAACAAAGCAAUUGCCACCCCUGUCCAGGGUGUCUGGGACAUGAGAAACAAACAGUUCCACACCGGCAUUGAAAUAAAGGUGUGGGCCAUCGCCUGCUUUGCCCCACAACGGCAGUGUACUGAAGUUCACCUCAAGACAUUUACAGAACAGUUGAGGAAGAUCUCACGUGAUGCCGGGAUGCCUAUCCAGGGACAGCCGUGUUUCUGCAAAUAUGCCCAGGGAGCAGAUAGCGUUGAGCCAAUGUUCAGGCAUCUGAAGAAUACUUAUACAGGGCUACAACUAGUCGUUGUAAUACUUCCUGGGAAAACCCCUGUCUAUGCGGAAGUGAAACGUGUGGGGGACACUGUUCUGGGAAUGGCUACUCAGUGUGUUCAGAUGAAAAAUGUGCAGAGGACCACACCACAAACCUUGUCUAACCUGUGCUUAAAAAUCAAUGUAAAAUUAGGAGGCGUCAAUAACAUCUUGUUGCCCCAGGGCAGACCUCCUGUGUUUCAACAGCCUGUCAUAUUUCUUGGAGCUGAUGUUACCCACCCACCAGCAGGGGACGGCAAAAAGCCUUCAAUUGCUGCGGUUGUAGGUAGUAUGGAUGCACACCCCAACCGAUACUGUGCCACUGUGAGGGUACAGCAGCACAGGCAAGAAAUCAUCCAGGAUUUGUCUGCCAUGGUUCGAGAGCUGCUUAUCCAGUUCUACAAGUCAACACGCUUCAAGCCCACAAGAAUCAUCUUUUACAGAGACGGUGUCUCGGAAGGACAGUUUCAACAGGUGCUCCAUCAUGAGCUUCUGGCCAUUAGGGAAGCCUGUAUUAAACUGGAGAAGGAUUACCAGCCGGGAAUUACAUUUAUUGUAGUGCAAAAAAGGCAUCACACACGGCUAUUCUGUACAGACCGAAAUGAGCGAGUAGGGAAGAGUGGAAAUAUACCAGCCGGUACCACCGUAGACACAAAGAUCACCCACCCAUCAGAGUUUGAUUUUUACCUGUGCAGUCACGCUGGUAUUCAGGGAACAAGCAGGCCGUCGCACUAUCAUGUCCUGUGGGAUGACAAUCGCUUUUCAUCGGAUGAGCUGCAGAUCCUCACUUACCAGCUCUGCCACACUUAUGUCCGUUGCACUCGCUCUGUAUCUAUCCCUGCUCCAGCAUACUAUGCUCACCUGGUGGCAUUCAGAGCAAGGUAUCAUUUGGUGGAUAAAGAGCAUGACAGUGCUGAAGGGAGCCAUACAUCCGGUCAGAGUAACGGGAGAGAUCAGCAAGCACUUGCUAAGGCAGUGCAGGUACAUCAGGACACACUGCGUACGAUGUACUUUGCGUAACAGGCGCUGUUAUCCAGUGACUUAAUAGCACUCCUGGAAACGGAUUCACACAGACCAGCUGCACUUAGUUGUUUGUAAAAUAGUCCAUACUACGGCGACUCCCAGCAAAAAGUGCAAUCUACCGGUAACCCUGUUGUUUCCCCCACUGUCCAACCAGCCUUCCGUCCGAACCGCUUCUCACAUUAUGUUUCCAUUCACGAUGCAGACCUGUUGCGAUUAAUGUAGCUUGGAGUUUGCUUGGUAUGGGAAUGUUUACAAAGGUGCAGAGAGAGAAACACGUACCCAUGUAGAAAAACUGAACACGUAACCUCAGGGCUUUAGACUUUUGCUAUGGAAUAAUGUUUCGGAUCCUGUAUUAUCCCUGUUCAGUUGCUGAAUUUAAUGUGAUGGUUGCUGUCAGUUGGGUUGGUUAAAAAAAAAGGAGCUAAAAAAAGAGCUUAAAAAGAAAAAAAAGGCAUUAGCAGAACAUUUGAAGCCUUAAAAUAUUGAUAUUUUUUAAUUAGCAAACGAUUUUACCAUAUGUAGCUUUUUAUGUGUCAAAUGUUCUGGUACAUAACUCUAUGUACUUCAGAGAGUCAGUCAUAUUAAUGAAUUUAAUCAUGACUGGAGAGGAUUAGUGCCCUAGUGUCUCCAUCUCAUGCUUUUACAUAUAUUAUUACCCGGUGCCAUUCAGAACACACUCUCCAUAGAAAGUCUCGUUUAUCGUAUUUGUGUCUAAACUCUAACCUUUCCAAAGUUGCUUACCAAUACGGGUCUGUGGCAAUCAGUACAAUCAUGUUAAGCUAAUGUAAAAAGAAAAGAAAAACACAAAAAAAAGAAAAAAAAUAUUUCUAUUUACCAGUAUUAAUAUGACAUGCUAUUUAUUUUAUUUACAAAAAAAACAAAAUCAUCAUUUUUUUUUUUAACUUUAUUUUUUAAAUAGCAACAUAUCUAUUCUGUGCAUGGGUUAAAUGAGCUGACAUGUUUAACCUUUCUUUGACAAUGUGACCUGUGGUACAAGGAUUUGUUCUUACAGGCUCCACCGACAGUGAAUGGAUUAAAAAGAAAAAUGAAUUUUUAACUGUUUUGUUGCUAGAGGUACUUAUCACACAUUUGAAAAUAACAAAAAAAAAAACCAAACUUUAAAGGGACACCGACACUAUUUUGACAUCCAUGCCAGGCCCAGAACCAGAUUUCCUUGUAAUGGUACUUCCCCCACCAAAUCUCCGUAUAUUGGGGUGCUUUAUCCUGCCUGGUUUCUACAUCCCAGUCAUAAGAAGCCCCGCGAGUCUGUUUGCUUUUUGCUAUAGGAACACACAAUAGCCCAGCUUGCUCUGUUUCUUAGCCCUGACUUGGGUGGGGGGAGAGCCAUGGUCCUGGGAUUGGCACAGAAAUUUUGAAAAAAUGAAUGCCGGUGUCCCUUUAAUCUGGUAGUGUUACAGCUGCAAAAUGUGAAAAAAAAUCAAGCUGCAUCUGUUCCUUUCUAGUUAUUAGCAGUGCUGCAUUUAUUGCAAAGCCAGCAACUGGAAGUCCAUUUGUGAUGAUGUGAUGAAUAGGAGAAUGUGCUUUACGUACUGCCCCUUUAAUUCGAGUCCAGAUAUCGGCGCUUACAUAGCCUACAACAAAGGAAAGCUUUAUUUCUCUCACCCGUGUCUUGCAAUACAACCCGCGAGCGCCUCACUCAAUAGAUCAAAUGCGACAUGUUGCUUAAAGGAGGCAGUUAUCAUGUUUACCUUCAGCGUGACAUUUAUAUGCAACCCCCAAUGGAACUUUUCCUUUUGCUUUUGUUAGUAAUAUGCAAUUGUGUCACUUCUGUAUCUGACCAUGGAUUUGACUUUUUUACACUUAAUAGCAAUAGUUAUAGCCUCAGUUCUCACCUUUGCUACUGUAAUAAAGGCCUGCUUUGAUAUGAAGGAACGUUCUGCUUGGCGCUGUGCCCUGCUGUGGGAAAUGGUUAUAAAUAACGGAGCGGCGUUCCCUUAUGAUGUCAUUAGCAUUUGCGCCAAUCAAAACUCCCCAGUGCGGUAUCGCCCUAAAUCAGCUAUUUUGUAACUGAUGGUUUGGGACCCAAGAAUGGUUCCCCUGCUGUUUAGGGUGAGUUUCCUUAAUCGUGUGCAGUUUUUUUCCCCGACAGUAGAGAACAGUAAUUGAAAUAAGGUGCUUAAUUAAUUCUGAAUCAAUUUUGGGGUCUAAAGCUGAUUCCCUAUAAGGGAGAAGGUUAGGAAACUCUGCCCUCAGUGAAGCGUCUAGCACACCGCCAAAAAAAUGGUGGAGUGUGUUCUCUAGACAUAGCAAAAAAAAGUCUGCUCCAUCUGUAGUACUACUGAGCCUUUAUUCAAACCUGCAGUCUCUGUUGGAGGUACUGGAGUUUGGUGUUUGUUCCAGCCAAAAUGUAGAGAUGUAAAGGCUAAAUGCCACCCUAAAGGCAUCUGACAGCAGGGUUUGUGGGUUGAGUACAGUUGGCCAGUAAGAACAGCUUUCUGUUGACAUAUAUGUCCGGUCAGUUGGGCACUGUGGUCAAAACGGGCCGAAUGUGGGCAUGUACAGCCAGCUUAAUGUGUUACAGGACAGAACUCAAGAAUCAGUUACUGCUGUAAUGUAUACUGCUUGGGUGCUUUUAAAGGGGAAGUAAAGUCUUCCCACAAGGUUUAGGGAAAGCAGACAUUUGUACAGCUCUGUGUGUUCUAGUAGCUCUAUAUAAAUAGUUGUACAAACAUACAUUUUAUUUAGUAGCUGUAAGGUGCAGCAACAUAGCCCCAACCUCAGAUACUCCUAAAAAAAAAAA